AUGGGAUCGAUUCCUCCAGCUCAAUUGUGCGUUCGUCAGCAGGAUCAAUGCGAUAAUCCGUAUUUCCUUCAUAACUCGGAUCAUGCGGGAUUAGUGUUGGUCUCGGAUCGUCUCUCUUCUGGCGCUGAUUUCCACUCUUGGCGUCGUUCGAUUCGCAUGGCUCUGAACGUUUGCAACAAGCUCGGUUUCAUUGAUGGUACGGUUUCUCAACCUUCUCUUGAUCAUCCUGAUGCUGGUUCAUGGUCGCGUUGCAACGAUAUGGUCAUUACUUGGUUGAUAAAUUCGGUGUCCAAGAAAAUUGGCCAAAGUUUAUUGUAUAUGUCGACUGCUGAGGCUUUAUGGAAGAAUUUAGUCUCGCGUUUCAAACAGGAUGAUGCACCGAGGAUAUUUGAAAUCGAACAGAAUUAA